AUGUCGAUCGGUGUACCUAUUAAAGUACUUCACGAAGCAGAGGGCCAUGUAGUAACUUGUGAAACAAACACCGGCGAAGUGUACCGCGGGAAACUGAUUGAGGCUGAAGAUAACAUGAAUUGCCAAAUGACACUAGUUACUGUAACCUAUAGAGAUGGAAGGGUCGGCCAAUUAGAGAAUGUAUACAUCAGAGGUUCAAAAAUCAGAUUUCUAAUACUGCCGGACAUGUUGAAGAAUGCGCCUAUGUUUAAACGACAAGGGAAUAAGCCAACCGCUGGUCGGGGCAAAAGUGCUAUACUACGAGCUCAAGCUGCUGGCCGGGGCCGAGCAGGAGGGCGCGGCGGUGGUCAUAGAGGUGGUUGGCAAGGUGGAUCAGGACCCUCACGACGCUAA